AUGCAUUCCCCUCCAAGCAUCUCGAGGUGUUACAUCUCUCUCCUUACCACUCGCAACUCCAGCUCCUUGCCUCUUUCAGGCACAUUGCAUCCGAGCUGUGACCGUCGAUCUUUCUCGCCAUCUAUCAACUUCAACUUCUUACGCCAUAGAAAUGGCCAUGAGUCAAUGUGCUCUAUCAUGAGAGCAGUGCCCCGCGUUCUAAUCCUGGACGCCAUCGACGCCCUCUACUCCGCUGUCUCAGAGGAACACAAAUCAGCCAUCGUGUUAACUACGGAGCCCAAGAUUGCAGUGCAGUGUUGCGGCACAGUUACGAUGCUUGCCACAGUGCUAAACUGUAUGACAACAAGUGCCCCGCGCCUGAUCCUGGACGCCAUCGACGUGCCAGCUGGCCGAUGGAUGUUGGAUCAAGGCGCGCCUGCCUGA